AAAACUUGACAGAGCAGUGUCACGUGGGCUACGUUUUUACGUUACACGGUUCUACUGAGUGGCGACAGCAAUGGAAUUCGGCGAUUUCGAUGGUCAAAAACGUCGAACAAAGAUGCUUUAAUACCUCAGUUGAAUGGAAACUUAGGCGCGUAAGAGGUAGAGAAAGUGCUGUCAGUCCUACUUUUCAGUGUUCCAGUCUCUCGUGGAACCUAAAUUUAUAUCCUUAUGGAUAUAAUUAUGCAAUGAUGCCACGUAUUGAUCUACAACUUGUGGGGGGCAUCUCAUCUUCGAUUUUAAUCCCUUAUUUCAAACUUAUUAUUUCAGACGAUAAAAAAAGACACAAACGUAUCCUUUUUGAGUACACUAAUGAAAACUAUGUGCUGAGCCCUGAACGUCCGAUAAUACAAAUUGAAAUACAUACCAUCGAAAGCGAAACCUUUGUCAGCAAGUGUCCUUUAACGGUUUCUUUCUACUUUAUCGUGGAAGAUCAAUUCCCAGAGGCAACAGAAAUGUUGAAAGAGAUUGACGAAAAAAGCCCGGUUGAUGGCUCGACAACGGGAUUCCUUACUAAAUGCGGCAGUCGUGGCUGUAUGUCCAUGUGCUCUGAUUUUGAGGAAUUGUACAACAAAAGCCGAUUAUCUGAUGUCACUUUGAAAUUAACUAAAGACGAGUUCCAAGCGCACAAGGUGGUGCUCAGUGCUCGGUCGAAGGUUUUUGCAGCUAUGUUCGAGCACGACACGAAGGAAAAUCGGACGGAUACUGUUGAUCUCGUGAACAUGGAAGUGAAAACAGCCCAGGACAUGCUACGCUAUAUGUACUGCGGAAAAGUGCGCGAAUUAUCUGCAGAAGAAGCUCUUGAUCUCUUCGUAGCAGCUGAUAGAUAUGACUUGCAAGAAUUGAAAAGCUUUUGCCGAGAAGUGGUACUAGAUGGCUUUUCCACGAAUAAUGUGUGUGAUAUCGCUGCUGUUGCUGAUCUUCACAAUGAUGAAACAUUGAUAAAAAAAUUAAAAUGUUUCUUAUUCGAAAAUGGGAGUGAAGUUAUAAAAACCGAAAAAUGGAAAGAGGUUACUGCCAAAAAUCCUUCAUUAGGUGCAAAAAUGUUUGAGUGGGCUUUUUCUAAAUAAUUUUUUGUUAAUACAGUGUGAGUGAGACCGUAAGUCUCAAAAAAAGCAAAAUAAAUGUGCCUGUAACUUUCUUACAAUGUUUUAUUUUUAAUUCUUAGACAAAGUUUUGAAAUAUGUACUAAAUGAAGUGAAAAGCAAUAAAAUGUUUCAUAUUUUAUUUUGUAGUUGUUUCCCAA